AUGAAGUUAGAAAUUGUUAGUUCCUUUAUUAUUGACGCCCCUACUAUUAGGAAUAUUGUUACUACUUCUACUACACCAGCUAGUUCUAGUAUUAGUAAUGAGGUAUCCAAAAUUGAAGCACCAUCCUUUGACUUGGUCUCAUUGGACAUUCCUAGUGCGACCGUAGUGUGCACUGAGAUGACACAUACAGAUGAAAGUAUUAAUAACAUUAACAAUUUAGAUAGAUCUAGAGCAGAAUCGGAACCUAAGGAAACUUUUGUACCCUGUCAAGAAGCUGCUUCUGAUAGUGGCGUUAGUGUAAUCGACAUCCCUGCUAUUACAAGUGAAUCUAGUAGUAAUGAAGCAUCAAAAAAUGAAGGAUCCUUGGACAUUAAAGAUAACAAAGAAGUGCACAUUGAUCCUGAAAUCACUCCUACAGAUAUUGAAGAUAAAGUGACUACAUCAGCAUGUUCUGGACCACCCCAGUAUGAAGCCGACGUAACUUAUGAUCCAGAAAUAGAACUACAAGAAUAUUCAGACAACUGCAGGAAAAAUCCCUGCCAUGACCAGUUUGUGCCUGUGAAAGAUUUCAGCAUUGACAAACUACCUGAGCAGUUUAGGAAAAAAUGUAUGGUAAAGUUUAUAAAAGCAAUGGCAUUUCUCACUGUAAGGAUAACAACCUUUAACGUAAGCUUACGUAGGCCAGAAACUCAUAAGGGGAGUCCAUACCCUGGUUAUAAGGACAGGGGAGAAAAUAAAAUGUGUGUUAGAUAUGGAACAGGACGAGUCCAUUCUAUCAUAAAGCAGACUGAAGAAGGUGAUAAGAAAUGUCCAUGUGAAUCUUGUAAAAACUCAGAGUCUCAUCAUAAAAUAUGGGGUCUGAUAACAGUUUAUACAGCAGCUCAUGUUGUGUUUGAUAGUGAUGAAGCCAAACAGGCAAUGUUCAGAUGGGGAUAUGACAGUGAUGAGGUUAGAUCCUGGGUUGAUUUUCCUGGGCUGGUAGCAAAUUCUGACAUAGACGGAGACACAUCAAAGGUCACUUGCUAUACACAUGAUGUGGAGUUGAUUGACAAGUUACUGAACAUGACAAUUCGCUACAGAAUUUGUCGGGAGAAGGUGAUCAAAGAGAUGCAGGCAGGGAGUGAACUCGUGAAGCUGGUGGUGCUAGUGUCUCACCCUCACGGCUGUCCCAAACACAUUUCUAUUGGUGAAUGGACGGAGCAGAUGAGUGAAAUCAAACACACAUAUACACAAGUAUGUGGUUCUGAUGGUGAUUCAGAGUAUAAUUCUGAUAAUGCUGAUUAUGAAGAUUAUGAUCCUUGUAAUGAAUCUGAUCAAGAAGACCUUGAUGAUUACUGUAAUGAAUCUGAACAAGAAGACCUUGAUGAUUCCUGUAAUGAAUCUGAUCAAGAAAACUUUGAUGAUUCUUGUAAUGAAUCUGAUCAAGAAGACCUUGAUGAUUCCUGUAAUGAAUCUGAUCAAGAAAACUUUGAUGAUCCUUGUAAUGAAUCUGAUCAAGAAAACUUUGAUGAUCCUUGUAAUGAAUCUGAUCAAGAAGACCUUGAUGAUUCCUGUAAUGAAUCUGAUCAAGAAAACUUUGAUAAUCCUUGUAAUGAAUCUGAUCAAGAAAACUUUGAUGAUUCCUGUAAUGAAUCUGAUCAAGAAAACUUUGAUGAUCCUUGUAAUGAAUCUGAUCAAGAAAACUUUGAUGAUUCCUGUAAUGAAUCUUAUCAAGAAGACCUUGAUGAUUCCUGUAAUGAAUCUGAUCAAGAAAACUUUGAUGAUCCUUGUAAUGAAUCUGAUCAAGAAAACUUUGAUGAUCCUUGUAAUGAAUCUGAUCAAGAAAACUUUGAUGAUCCUUGUAAUGAAUCUGAUCAAGAAGACCGUGAUGAUUCCUGUAAUGAAUCUGAUCAAGAAGACUUUGAUGAUUCCUGUAAUGAAUCUGAUCAAGAAAACUUUGAUGAUUCCUGUAAUGAAUCUGAUCAAGAAAACUUUGAUGAUUCCUGUAAUGAAUCUGAUCAAGAAGACUUUUAUGAUCCUUAUGAUGAGAAUGAUCUUGAAGACUUCUAUGACGAUGAUUAUGAUGAUAAUUACACUAUUGUAAAUUCUGAAACGCUAAUCAAAUACAAAUUUAAUGCAUGCACAUGUCCUGGCAGUAGUGGUGCCACUGUUUUCAUGUAUGGAUCACAUGACUUGUCAUGUGACUUCCCUCACAGUGGAGGGAACACAGACAGUAACUACACCGGUUAUGCCUUUCCUAAAGAAUAA